ACACACGCACAGAGACACAGACACAGUCCCGACAUACGCCCGUCAUGUCGCGGAGGGUGACACGGGCACAGGCAAGGGCCAUGGCGGAAGCUGCCAAGGCCCACGAGGCAGAGAGCAGCAGCUCGGACCACGAUGAGCCCGAAGCUGAGGUCGAUAGCCACCAGUCGGGGGCAGAGAGCGAGCAGUCGGAGCAAGAAGCCGCAGACGCCGCCAGAGCUGCCACCGCUGCCCGUCUGCAGGCUCUAGCCGAUUCCGACUCGGACGACGCUCCUGCGCUUCCAGUUACAACAGUCGCUGGAAGUGGAGAGCUCGACGAUGGUGAAGUUGCUAGAGCCGCCACUGCUGCUCGCCUACAGGCACUGUUGGACUCGGACUCGGACUUGGAUGAGGCUCCCGCGCCGGUGCCGGCUCCAGAUCAGACCCAGGUGUCGGCGGGUGAAACCCACAGCGAGAAGGGCAAGGACGAGGACAAGCCAGCCGCUAGUGGUGGUGUGUUUGGCGGUGGUGGCGGUGCGAGCAGCGACUCGGGCCGGCUGCAGAUGGCGUUGCAAAAGGCGCCUCAGGAACGGACCGAGGACGAUGCUGAUAUCAUCUACCAGGUCCUCUGCGAGCAGCGUGUGCUCAAGGCCAAGUCCGAGUACAUCCGGCGUGAGAUGUGCCGGAUGGUCGGUUACGAGGUCCACGCGCCAGGCUCGCCCAUCAUUCGCGAAGGCGAGACCGGCGACAAGUUCUACAUGAUUCUCUCGGGAACGGUUGACAUCUACGUGUCGGCGGCCGGGCGCGACCCGGUGACCCACAUGGUGCCUGGACAGGACUUUGGUGAGCAGGCGCUGCAGCAAAAAGAUGCACGACGAAACGCAACAUGUACCGCUCGCACCAAGUGCGAGCUCAUUACGCUCAACCGCGAGAACUACACCCAGAUUCUUAUGCUCGGUGAGGGACACAAGAAGACCUUUGACCGCGUCGGCUACCCGAACCUCGACACCGAGUACAUUUUUACUCAUGUCCUACUGCAGGGCAAGCACCUCGAGAGUGACGGCGGGUCCGCCAUUGCCGAGGCGCUCAAAACUAACCCGCGCGUCCACACCGUCGACCUCUCCGGCAACCUCAUCGGCCCGGCAGCCGGCACGGUCCUCGGCCAGGCGCUCUCGGUCAACGAGUGCGUGACGACGCUCAACAUGCCCGGCACUGGUAUCGCCGACGAGGGCGCCGCCGCUCUCGGCGAGGGUCUCGCCGCCAACGACGUCCUGGUCCGGCUCAACCUCCGCAACAACGCCAUCGGCGACGCCGGCGUCCGCGAACUUGCCCGCGCCCUCGAGGCGAACGCCACCCUCACCACCCUCGACCUCUCGCUCAACGCCAUCACCGACGUCGGUGCUCGCUACCUCGCCGAGUCGCUCAAGACCAACACCUCGCUGGUCUCGCUCCGCCUCGAGCGCAAUCGCAUCUCAUCAAAGGGCAAGGCCGUGCUCAACGGCAUGCUGCGAACCAACACUGGGCUGUUCAUCGAUGGCUCCCGUCCGCGCACCAACCACGGCUUUGAUCCGGGCCUUUGGGCCUAACGCGCCGCCUCUUCACAGCUUGGACCGCACCUGCCCCAGUGCUAUGUUGAGCCCGUUGCGCUCGCGCAGCACCAGAGCCAGUUCAUCAAACGCCUCACCGUACACC